GGUGGGUGUGGAUUGCCCAGUGUGCUUUGCGUGCCGCCAUUUUGAAUUCUAACAGUAAUUUGUCUGAAUUUCUUCCUCAAGAGGAUUUGGUGAAUCCGACUGAAAUUUGCUCACAGAUUUCUGCUUUAAGUUCAUAUCUGGGCCGUUAGAACCGAUGGCGGCGAUACGGAAGAAGCUGGUAAUAGUAGGCGACGGUGCUUGUGGUAAAACCUGCCUUUUAAUCGUCUUCAGCAAAGACCAGUUUCCGGAGGUAUACGUGCCCACCGUCUUCGAAAACUAUGUAGCAGACAUAGAAGUUGACGGAAAAUUGGUGGAGCUGGCGCUAUGGGACACGGCUGGACAGGAAGACUACGACAGACUGCGUCCGCUAUCGUACCCAGAUACUGACGUCAUCCUCAUGUGUUUCUCCAUCGACAGCCCAGACAGCUUAGAGAACAUCCCUGAGAAGUGGACCCCCGAGGUGAAACACUUCUGCCCUAACGUGCCAAUCAUUUUGGUGGGCAACAAGAAAGAUCUGAGGAAUGACGAGUCGACUAAGCGUGAGCUGGCCAAAAUGAAGCAAGAACCGGUCAAGACAGAAGAAGGGCGGCAUAUGGCAGAAAUGAUCAACGCCUUUGCAUACCUUGAGUGCUCAGCCAAGACCAAAGAGGGGGUGCGAGAGGUCUUUGAAACGGCCACUAAGGCUGCUCUGGCAAAUAAGAAGAGGAAGCGUAAGCCCAAGUGUCUGCUGUUGUAGAUGUGUGCUCCUGCAUCCUGGUGCAACCGACCAAUCAGGGACAUGAAUCCUCCCCCUCGACGAAUCAGGGGUUGCCCUUUCCCUGAUGUCAUUAAUGUGUUGAUAAGUAUGUAGCUUACAGGCUUUUUGACUCCCAUUUUGUACUCCCACAGUAAUGAACGCCUUAACAGUACCGUAGUUCAGUUUCUUCACUCUCUUUCAAUGAUAGGCACGGACGUGUGAAUAGAACAUUCCAAGUCAUCAAACACGUACAGUGAGGAAUUGACAUCUUCAAAUUUCAACUGCAAUCCAAAUGCUUUGAGACACCUUUGUGGGAUAACCCAUGUUUUGUAUAGAUUUUGUUGACUUAUGUUGUAAUAGCUUGCUAUAGUAGUUUGUAGGUUGGUAGGAAUGUUGACUUGAUAAUGAGCAAUUUGACACAUAGACAUUUCUAGGGAUAAUUAACCACUUAGAUAUAAAUAAUUGCAGAAGGAGGCAUGUGAGAAAUAAACUGGUGACAACUUUAAAUAUGUACACUUAUAAUGCAACGCUGACUUGUUUUUGUACUUACUAAACAUGUUUAGUUCCACCGAUGGGAAAUAUGUAUGGUAGGACAACUAGUGUUGCUGUAUUAAUCAUUUUCUGAGGCAAGUGUUGUAUGGUAUUCUCGUGGGUGACUGAUAAGUUGAGAAGAUAAUUUCCUUAGAUACAAGCAAAAUGCGGAGAAGGGCAGUGAAGAACAUGACAAAAAUGUUGGCCUGCUAAAGGUGACAGAACUGUUUCCCUCCCCUCGUACUUGGGCUAAACACCAGGAUGGUAACAAAAUGAUGUUAUGUGUUGAACAAAAAAACCCAGUCCGAUGUAUGUGACAAGAAAAAAAGGUAGAAUAAUUUUGGUUUGCUUGAUGUAUUGAGCUAUGAAGUUUGUAUAGAUUAAUUUGUGUACACCUCGAAGCUCCAAGAUCCCCACAAGUGCCAGUUCUCGUGUGCAUUUUGUAACUUUGGUGGAUUGCUCCUGUUGUUUCUACCUAAAACUCUACUAUGUACAAAGCCCUCUUUGUAUCUAAGGUUUCUUCAAUAGAAGACCAAUUAGCAAUGCUGGUAUAUCAAUAAUAGGCAUGACAAUGGCAUCAAUUUCACUCUGCUUACAACAUACAGUACCCUCACAAGUUUUCUUUCUUUUCCAUUUGUAAGGAUGAGAAAAUUAAUUCACUCAAGGCAGUAUUUUUGUUCCUUACCAAAUUACUGACAUAUUUGUGUGAACAAAGCAUUUCUGUACUGGAAAUCCUUUUACUGUCUAGAUUCUAGAUCUGUCCCUAAGGAUUCUUUUAUUUCAUGCCAUUUUGUAUUGGUUACUUUCCGAUUGUACGAAUACACGUAGAGGUUUCUGUGAUGUUUCCCCUAUGUGUGCCUUUUUCCUGCUGUAAGCAAUGUUGCCUCCUCAAAAUAAAGUUUGUUUUAAUGGCGAA